CCCACCACGCACAGACCACGCCCCGCGCCUAUUGGCUCUUCCUGACUGCACCGAGUUGACCAGGACAUCUGCAAGCAUGGUUGCCUUGGGGCUGUGUGGGCUUGUGCUGCUCAUAAUCGUGCGAGCCAGCCGAAGUGCAGGUAUUGGUUUUCGCUUUGCUUCGUACAUUGAUAAUUACAUGGUGCUGCAGAAGGAGCCUGCAGGGGCGGUGAUCUGGGGCUUUGGUACACCUGGGGCCACAGUGAUAGUGACCUUGUGCCGAGGUCAGGAAACCAUCAUGAAGAAAGUGACCAGUGUGAAAGAGUCCUCCAACACCUGGAUGGUGGUCCUGGAUCCUAUGAAGCCCGGGGGACCUUUUGAAGUGAUGGCACAACAGACUUUGGGGAUAAUGACUUUUACCCUGAGAGUUCAUGAUGUCUUAUUUGGAGAUGUCUGGCUCUGCAGUGGGCAGAGUAACAUGCAGAUGACCGUUUUACAGGUCUUUAACGCCUCGAAGGAGUUGGCUGACACCUCUGCCUACCAGUCUGUGCGCAUCUUCUCCGUUUCCCUCACCCAGGCGGAGGAGGAGCUGGAGGACCUGGCUGAGGUUGAUCUGUCAUGGUCCAAGCCUACUGCAGGAACCUUGGGCCAUGGAAAUUUCACUUACAUGUCAGCGGUGUGCUGGCUCUUUGGGCGCUACCUGUAUGAUACCCUGCAAUAUCCCAUUGGGCUGGUCUCCUCCAGUUGGGGUGGGACACCCAUUGAGGUCUGGUCAUCUAGAAGGUCACUGAAAGCCUGCGGAGUUCCUGAUGCAAGGAAUGAAAGAGUUCCUCAGCCUGCGAUAGAGCCUGUGAGGAAGGAAUGUAGCAGUGAGGAGUCCUCCUGUCCUCCCAGGAGGUUCGCUCCGCCUGAGUUUAUGGCUGGACCUACAAGACACUCUGUCCUCUGGAAUGCCAUGAUCCAUCCACUUCGAAACAUGACUUUGAGAGGGGUGGUGUGGUACCAGGGAGAGGCUAAUGCGAAUUACAACAGGGACCUGUACGUGUGCACAUUCCCUGCGCUCAUUGCGGACUGGCGCCAGACCUUCCACUAUGGCUCCCAGGGGCAGACAGAGCGUUUCUUCCCAUUCGGAUUUGUCCAGCUGUCCUCAUACGAGUUGAUGAACUCAUCAGAUUAUGGAUUUCCCGAGAUCCGCUGGCAUCAAACAGCAGACUUCGGCUAUGUCCCCAACCUGAGGAUGCCCAAUACUUUCAUGGCUGUCACCAUGGAUCUCUGUGAUAGGGAUUCUCCUUUCGGCAGCAUCCAUCCUCGAGAUAAACAGACAGUGGCCUAUCGACUGUACCUGGGGGCUCGAGCUGUGGCUUACGGUGAGAAAAAUCUGACCUUUCAAGGACCACUUCCUAAGAAGAUAGAACUCUUGGCUCACAAUGGGCUGCUCAGCCUCACCUAUGACCAGGAAAUCCAGGUGCAAAGGCAAGAUAACAAGACAUUUGAGGUGGCCUGCUGCAUUGACCAUCAGUGCAAAUGGCUUCCAGCGCCCAUGAACUCUUUCUCCAGCCAGACCCUGGUCUUGGGUAUCAAUGUUUGUUUUGGCACAGUGGUUGCUGUUCGCUAUGCCUGGACCACGUGGCCCUGUGAAUAUAAGCAAUGUUCUGUUUACCACCCCAGCAGUCUCUUGCCAGCGCCUCCCUUCACUGCUGUCAUUACCCACCAAGAUCCUAGACUUAGGGCAGGGCUAUCUAAGCACCUCUGGAGGAGUACCAGCUCUUUAAUACAAGGGCGAUUCCUUUAGGUUUGGGCAUUUAGGAGUUUAAAUGAUAACUGGUUUUUUUUUGUUUGUUUUUCAAGACAGGGUUUCUCUGUGUAGGUUUGGGUGUCCUGGAACUCACUCUGUAGACCAGGGUUGCCUCGAACUCAAGUGAUCCACCUGCCUCUGCCUUCCAAUUGCUGGAAUAAAAGCAUGGGCCUCCAUCACCCAGCAACGGCUAUUGCUUUUAAGGGAAAUAGAUGCCUUGUUGAAUAGCUCCCAGCUAGAGAUGCUAGUUGUGUUCUGAGUAUUCUGAGAUGAGCAGUGCCUAGCAGACACUCGAAAUGCUCAUUUUGUCCCCUGGUUAGCCCAAGCCUCUGUGCUGGUCUAAUUCUGAACUAUAACAUUGGGCCUUACUAACAUUCAUUUCUUUGGUAUUGUUGGGAGUGAAAUGCCCCAUUUUUGCCCCUUCAUCCAGAACUGUGGACUCUCAAGCCUGCAAGAGACUUUAAAGGCCCUGGAGGCUGGUGCUUUGUUUGUUCUUUACAACCUCCUGAAAACAGCUAUGGACAUUUCCAUGUGUUUCUUUCUGUGGAGCUGAAAUUUUUAUUUCAUCAAACAUUACUACCCCAUGACCAAUCUUUUAGGCCUCCUUAGACAGACCAUGUUUUUGUAUCUUCAUUAAGCUGCCACAAAAUAACUUGAUUUUAACCCAAAUCUUCUUCUAAAGCGAAUCUUUGAGACAAAUCAGUCUCAUGUUUAGGCCUAAUGGCAGCUGCUAAGGAUUGGCCCUACAGAAUAAAGAGAAAGGCAGGUAUUCAGGCAAAGAAUGGGGAAAUCACAGUCAUAGGGAUACAUGGGGCAAAUAGGCCCUAAAAUAUGCCUCGGGUCCCUGAGAGGUAAAAGUUUAAUGAAGAUUAAUCCCCGUUGAAGAAAAGUUAGGCUAAAAGGAAAGUACAGGAUAAGCUUACAGAACAGCUCUGCAGGUGAAGCAAAGGUAAUGAUGCAGUUUACCAUUUAAGUAAAGCCAGCUGGCAGCUCUGCAAAGUGCAUCUAUUAGACACUGGAACUGGCAGCUCUGCAAAGUGCAUCUAUUAGACACUGGAACUGGCAGCUCUGAAAAGUGCAUCCAUUAGACACGGAACGAAGCCUGGGCGUGGGUGGUGGUGCACACGAGGUGAGCUGGUCUACACAGUGAGUUCCAGGGUACCCAGAGUUACCCAGAGAAAUGCUGUCGUGACGCCCUCUCCCCCGCCCCCUACCCUCCAAAAGAAAUCGGAAAUAAAAGUAUUACAAUUAGUGGCUACAGAUCCAGUCAAAUUGUUAAGUGUCAGUCUUAGAAUGUACCCUUGAAGCAUGGGAAAGGAGUGUAAGUGCCACCUGCAUAAAGCUUUCUUGUUCUGUUGAUGUGAGAAAUGGGAACUGAAGAAAUGAGCAUUUCUCAUCAUUCUGUGGGGCUCUGGUGCCAUGAGAAGUGGCAAGAAAGAUGUGUCAGGAGUUUAUUUGGUAAAAUACAAAGACAAAAACCAAACAAACUAUACAUUCUGCACAGGCCUUUGACCUCUGAGGAUGUCUAGCUUACAUUUAACUCCUUUGCCCUCUCUGCAUCUGGCCCAUGAAAACAGAAGUCUAGUAACCAUCAGUUCCUGAGAAAAAGUAAAAUCUACCUGUCUGUCCCUCUGCAGCACCCUGCUGUUAAUCCCACUGAAUGAAAGUAAGGACCGUUAUCAGAUUCUUUGGUCAAAUUAUGCAAGCUUUAUUUUCUGUCAGACAGGGCUACCUGCCUAAGGUGGGGUUUGAGAAACUAGCACUGAACACAGAAGAUGGGUUUUAUGUAGUUCAAAAACCCACAAUAGAGGUUUUUCAAGGAUUUCCAGAGGAAUUCUGGCUGUGUGUACUUAGCUGUAUAUUUCAAAAUUAUUGGGCAGAGCAUCUUACCAGGGUACAUUUAAGGUGUGAGUCAAAUUCUAUAGGGUAGGAAGUCAAAUUCUAGAAACAGGUUAAUGCAUGCUCAAGUUUGAAUUUUGCAGCAAACAGAAAUGAACUAACUUAUUCUGAUCUUAUAACAAGAUGGCUCCACCCUUAAGGUGGAAUCAGGCUUCGUCUAUCACUGGUACACAUGCCCAUGUUCUAAUAUGAAGGCUGGUAGAUGUACCCAAGAACCCCAAGCCCAAGUUAUUUAAUACCCAAUAACUGGAACAUACAGUACAAACUUUGUUUCAGGUAAUGCAUGUAACAAUAAUGUUUGAAUUAAAUUUUUAGUGGUUGAAUAGUUUAAAACAUUGUUUGGGGAUUGUGUAUUUCUCCAAAUGGAGAGAAUUUGUAGCUGUUUGAAAAUAAUCACUGACUAGAGUGUAAGUAAAAAAACAGCUCCAAAUCAUCACUGAAGGAAAAACACUGCCAUGCUGAACUUUGGCCUGGCUUAUCUUGUAUUGUAUUCCUUAUACCCGUAUGUAUAUAACAGUUAAUACCAACCUUUCCAUGUCUGAAAUUUUUUUUGUGGGGUGUGAACUUAAAAGAUGUAGGUGUUGACAAUCCUUAAGUUUUUUUUUUUUUUUUUUCUCCUUCAAAUUAAUUAUUUAUUUUUUUGAGGCUAUAUAGUACUGGCUGUCCUGGAACUACUUAGACCAGGCUGGCCUUGAACUCACAGAGAUCCACCUUCCUCUACCUCUGAAUUACUGGGAUUAAAGGCGUGUGCCACUAUACCCAGCAACUCCUUAAAUCUGCAGUUAGUGAAUUAAGGUUUGUAGUUCAAAAAUUGUGAGCCUGUGAUAAUCCACUGAAUUGUAAAAAAUGUCUUUUGAGUCAAGAGUCUCACUUUCAGUCUUGGCUGGCUUUGAACUCACAGAUCUGCCUGCUUUUCCAUUGCUUGGAUUAAAGGUGUGCAACACCAUGUCUGACUUAAAAUGAAA